CCCCGCCGUGCAUUUGUCUCAAUUGAGUAUUCCACACUAGCCACGCGAACACAGAUAUCGAAACUACCACCUUCGACCAUGUCUGCAUAUAAGGCGAAGUCACAAAAGCGAUAAACAGCUGCGUCAGCGACUGAGUGCUGAACACGUCGGCAGUGGGGAGUAGCCACGGAGGGGGAGGUCUGGGGCUGGGGGUCACAUUCACGGCCGUGGUCUGUUCUCUUGGAGGGGCGUUCUGUUCGCCGUCCCCAGAGUGGAUGGAGGGUGCUGAUGCUGACCUUGUCACCGUGCAGGCACAAGCUGCAGGCACGCAGGUGAGUGCGUAUGUGCGCGAGACAUCGGUGAUUGAUUUUGCUAACACGUCUGAGACUCCUUGGGGCUUUCAGACUCUUUGCAAUCAUGGAACAGAGUGUCUGCACGCACACAGCCAGAGGGUUGCCAGCCAGCGCUGCGUCCCCCCCCCCCUCUGUGUGCUUACCUUCUUUUUUCUCCUUCGGUGUCUCGCGAUGUGUCACACCACCAGGCGCACUGGUGCAUCCAACCGGGGACAGAGUGGCCACGGCAUCCUUCCCCCGGGCACACAGCUCCCGCACGACGACUAUCGGCAGCUUCUGAGCCGCCAAGUCUUCCGGAACGGCAGCGGCGAGGGUUCGCACAUUUCUGACGCAGAGCGCCCGGAGCGCCCGGGUGAAGACCGUCCGCUCCUUUUGAGUGACCCCCAGCUCAUCGAAUAUGGGCACGCAGAAGUCCUCCAGGCUUUGUUCAGCCAUUUUCUUCAGAGACUGGGGGCCUUGGGGGCGCCUUUGCGAUCUCGACGCGUCGAGCUGUCUUAAGAAUCCAUGGGACCAGCAGCGGAAUCAAGGGAAGUGCAUGCAUG